AUGGAAUUUGUUGACAAAUUUAAAGUCGAAUUAGAUAUUUUUAUCAAAGAACAGCAAUUUCCGGAAAAUAUUUCUGAAAGAAUACUAUCCAUUCAAAAUGAUUUGAUUGAUUCCCUACAAAAAGGAAAAAUUGAUAUCGAAUUCUUCGAUUCAGAAAUUAAUAAUGAAGUUGGUUACGCUUUAUUCUCGUGCAAAGAUAAUCCUUAUGAAAAUUUAGACAAAAUACCAUCACUCUCAAAGAUCUCUCAACAAAAUCAGACCAAAUCUAUAGAAAAUGACGAUACAAUCAACAAAGACGAACUCAUUAAGGAAUUAAUUUCAUACAUGCAAGAAAAUACCGAAAAUAAUUCAAAAAUUACAAAUCAAGAAAAUUAUAUUAAACAAUUACUUGAUGUAUUAGAGCAUUAUUCAUCAAACCCUGAUGAUUGUAAAGCUGUUUUCCCAAAAAGAACUAUCUCCUCUUAUUCUGAGAAAUUGCAAACUAUAGUUGAUCGAUAUAAUAGAGUAAUUAAUAGUCAAAACAACAUCCUAUGUAAACCUGUCCAAGGAAAGAAAUGA